AUGGACAAGGCAUACUGGUGUGAGGCAAUGUUAACUGCCGUAGACAUCUACAAUGUAGUACCUCAUGCGUCAAGUCCGAAAGCAAGUCCGUUCGAAAUUUUGUUCAAGCGCAAGCCACAGAUCGAUUCUUUGCGGGUGUUUGACAGUCUACGCUACGUGCACGUGACCAAGGCGAAGAGAACCAAGAUAGACGACUCAGGUGUGCGCUGUUUGCUACUCGGCUACUCUAAACAGCACAAGGUCUAUCGACUGCUAAAUGCAAGCACAGGGGAUGUGGUGAUAUCUCGCAGCGUGACGUUCGCCGAGCAUGCGAUAGUAAAAGCAAGCAGAAAUAUCACACCAGAUGUGAUCGACGUUUUGAAUGACGAAGACUAUGUGCAACAGCCUACAGAUGCAGCAGUGGAUGAGCCACAUGUGCGUCCAGUGCGCAAAAAACAGGCAAUUACAUACUACGAGCAAGAAUUUCCGAACCUGCAGCGCGGUUUAUUUAAUCUCGAUGACUUUGAAGCUGGCUACGACGCACAGUACUGCCUUAUCGCAGAAGAUGACGGCGAGAGAGCGUCGACAUACGAGAAAGUGUUAAGGAUCAAGUACAAGAAAGACUGGAUGCGUGCCGUGAAGAGCGAGAUCAAGUCGCUCGCUCAGCCCAAGACAUGGGCUCUUGUAGAAAUUUCUAGCAACAAGAGGUCGAUCGGGUGCAAGUGGGUUUUUCGAAUCAAGCGAGAUCAAUUUGGGGUGAUUGUAAAGUUUAAGGCACGGCUCGUGGCUAAGGAAUUUACACAGCGUCCCGGCGUGGACUAUUUUGAUACUUUCGCUCCCGUGGCUCGUAAAGAGUCUAUCAAUGUCGCGUUAGCGCUCGCGGCUGAAGAAAACUUGAAGAUUGAAAAUGUCGAUGUUGACAAUGACUUCCUCUACGGUGAAGUUAAGGAAGAGAUCUACAUGGACCAGCCGGACGGAUUUGUGGAUGAGCGACACCGUGGGAAAAAGUGUCUGAUGCACAAAGCACUAUACGGCACAAAGCAGGCAGCACGCGAAUGGAACCAACGUCUUAACCACCACCUCGAAGGUCAAGGCGUCAAGAAGGCAGCAGCUGAUCCUUGUGUUUACGUACGCCGAUCGAAGGGUAAUUCAGUCUUAUGA